UACUGGUCUGAUAUCACAUUCAUUCAAAGUACUAUAAUCAAGUAAAUGUGUCUGUGUUAAAGUGAAUAAUUAGUGCAAUGCUUUUCUCAGACUCGCUUAUUGUUGACUUAGUCACAAUAAUUUCAACUAUAGUGGUUGUGUCCAUCGCUUACUGCAAAUGGAAAUUGUCGUACUGGAACAAUACCGGCUUACCAACUCUAUCACCAGUGUUCCCAUUCGGGGACACGAAGGAACUACUCCUUGGCCAAAAAUCAUUCGGUGAACAAUUUCAAGAUUUGUAUAAAGAAAUACGGGCCAAAGGCUGGAAACAUGCCGGUGUUUACCUAGCCAUUCAACCAUUCUACCUCCCAGUUGAUCCAAAAAUCAUCAAACAUAUCUGGCAAGUUGAUUUCCAACAUUUUGUCAAUCAUGGCAAUUACAUCAAUGAAGAAGUUGACCCCUUAAGUGGCCAUUUAUUCAACUUGGAAGACGCAAAAUGGAAAGAAAUGAGAGUUAAGCUAACCCCUACUUUCACCUCCGGAAAAAUGAAAAUGAUGUUUCAAACUCUGGCCGAUUGUACACACGGUUUAAAGACAAUUAUGAACGAAUGCGCAACAAGCGGCACUCCAAUCGAAAUCAAAGACGUUUUGGGACGUUUCACUACCGAUAUCAUCGGCUCCGCUGCAUUCGGGCUUGAAUGCAACAGCCUUAAAGACCCGGACUCGACUUUCAGAAAAUACGGAAAAAAAGUCUUCGAGUUGCAAGGAUGGGAACGAAUAAAAGUUUUGGCACAAUUCGCUUUGCCUCACAGUUUUUUGCGUGCGAUCAAGUUCAAGCAAACACAAUCGGACGUUGAGAAAUUUUUCAUGAAAGUAGUGCGUGAUACGGCUGACUACAGGGAGAAAAACAAAAUUUACAGAAAGGACUUUAUGCAUUUGUUGCUACAGUUGAAAAAUCGCGGCAAAGUCAGUGAUGACGAAAAGGUCACUCAAGAGAAUGGGAAAACUGGGGAGAAAGCAUUGACGAUGAAUGAAGUCGCGGCACAAGCUUUUGUAUUUUUCCUUGCCGGAUUUGAAACGUCUUCGACUCUUAUGACAUUCACUCUCUAUGAACUGGCAACGAACCCCGAUAUUCAGGGAAAACUUCGUGAGGAAAUAAACACAGUUUUGGCCAAGCAUGACGGCCAAAUGACAUACGAAGCAAUGAUGGAAAUGACUUAUAUGGAAAAAGUGUUGAACGAAACGUUAAGAAAACACCCUCCUAUUCCGUUUUUGUUCAGAAGGUGUACAAAAGACUACACUAUACCUGAAACUUCCGUCAAACUCAGAAAGGGAGACGAUGUUGGCAUUUCAAUCGUAGGAAUACAUAAUGAUCCUGAAUAUUACCCAAAUCCUGAAAAAUUCAUCCCUGAACGAUUUAAUGAAGAAAAUAAAAAUGCACGACCCCCAUUCACAUGGAUUCCUUUCGGUGAAGGACCAAGAAUUUGUAUUGGUUUGCGAUUUGGAAUGUUACAAAGCAAAGUUGGAUUAACAGCGCUUUUGAAAAACUACAAAAUAUCGUUGAGUUCGAAAACUAAGAUGCCUCUAGAAAUGGAAAAAAGUGGACUGGUUACAACGGUGGAAGGGGGCAUGUGGCUAAAUGUCGAAAAAAUAAAUUAAGAUUUAUUGUGAUUCCGAUGACUCAGUAUUUAUAUGAAAUACCUUCCUAUUUGAAUAAAGUUUUCAUAUUAAAAAAAAUC